AUGGUCGGAUCUUGCUUCAUUAUUGACAAGUGUAAGUGUGUCCGUUGUGCCGAUGACUACUACUGGUACACGCAGAACGGCCUUCCGAAGUGUGACCGCUGCAGCGAAGCCUGCUCAGUUGAUCUGCACUUGACACAGGUGAAGGCAUGCGGCCCGGACUCAAACCGUGAGUGCCACUGUGACAGCGGCUUUUUCUGUGUCAUCGCUGUCCAGUAUACCUGCAGGAAGUGUAAGCCGUGCUCGCCCGGAACCUUCUCUAACAAACCAAACCUAACCAUGUCCUGCAAACCCCACACAGAUUGUGGCCAUAAGGGAAUGACCAUGGUGACAGAGGGCACUGCCUCUCAGGAUCGUGUAUGUGCCCAGACCUCCCCUAACUCUCCUACAACCACUGCGCCUCCAACUGUCCACAGCUCAGAGAUAGGCUUUCAUUCUUCUACCUCCAGUGGAGUCAGCACCAUCCGAAAAACCCUCAUCAUAGCAUCCCCAUCUGGACUGGUGGGGUCUACAUCUCCUGAUGCCUUUCCCAUAACCACAAUUUACACAUCUGCAGACCCUUCACCAGCCUUACUCACCAGGCCUUCUCUGUCCCAAGCCCAGAGCGAGCCCUCUACCUCCCCCCCAACUAGGAAACAAGUCACCGAACACAGCUCCUUUGACCCCAACACAAAGCUCACCACCAGGAGAAACCCCAGCAAGGUGGACAGUAACACCUCACCUCCAGAGUCUGCCUCUGCACCUCCUCUUACCAUGGAAGACAAUGAUACUGGACCGAGCCCUCCCAAUCUCCCUUGGCUGUUGCUGAUAGGUGGGCUACUAGGGGUUGUCGUGCUGCUGGUUGGUUACUUUGUCCGUUGUAGGGAGAGGUCACUGAAGUCCAUGGACAAGUGGAAAGGUCCAGUAUUUGGUAAAAAUGAUGAGCAGAUUUGUAAGGAAGGUUUAAGAGGGAGCUAUAAUGUGUGGGAGAGCCAUCAUUGUCCUGCUGCCCUACAGACGGCUUCCUAUAUACAGGCCCAGCCACCACAGGAGAGUUACCCACACCUGGAAGCCCAGCAUCUUCUGGGGAGGGAGACUGGGGGAAAUCCUAGACAGGAUGGUGCAGGGUUGCUACCUCCAGGGGUCAUGAAGCAGGUCACAGUGGACCACUCUGGAGGAGAGAACAUUAGCAACACAGUGGGGUCCAUUUACAUCUACUCUCCGGGGACGGUCGUCCUGGGAUACAACAAGUCGGAGAGGAAGGUGGAUCAAGUGGAGAGUGGAGUAGAGGGCUGUCCCCUCACUAGAACACCCCAGCAGGAGUCCUCCUGCCCCCUCCCUGAGGGCCCUGCUCUGGGGCCAGAGAGAAUGAGUACACAGGAGGAGACCUGCAAAGAGCUGAGAUACCCCAUCCCAGCCACCAGCAACUGAGAACAAAAAAAAAUGGAAAUUAAGGAUUAACUAUGGAAAAAGCCUGAGGAGGAGCAACUUCAUUCAAUAUCAAAUAUCAUCUCUAGGGGAAGAAUGCAGACAGAUUAUUAUUUGCUACUGUAAAGACUGUUAGACUGGAUGGCUUCCUUCUGUACAAGGAUUGCAAAAGCCACUGGGGUACCCCAUCCCAGCCACCAGCAACUGAGAACAAAAAAAAAAUGGAAAUUAAGGAUUAACUAUGGAAAAAGCCUGAGGAGGAGCAACUUCAUUCAAUAUCAAAUAUCAUCUCUAGGGGAAGAAUGCAGACAGAUUAUUAUUUGCUACUGUAAAGACUGUUAGACUGGAUGGCUUCCUUCUGUACAAGGAUUGCAAAAGCCACUGGGGUCCCUCAGGGGUCUUCUAUUAUGAAAGAGUGACAGUUUGUUCUAACUGUAUGUAAUAGUCUUAGCACAGUUUCAAAUUCACUGUAAGUCACUGUUGUGACAGCAGUGCUGGGACAGUAUGCGAGAGCAUGCAUGGUCUGUUUAAUAUGGGGUGUCGACACUGUGACUCGGAGUUUCCCAUGAUUGGGUACAUGUACACAAUGGCGCCAGAUCGUGUGAGAGUACGUGUAUCAACCACAGAAACAGUGAAGACAAGAAAUGCAUAUGAGGUGGGAAGUAACCUAUGUAACAAGUAGGGUUUGGCGUGCGAAGAGCUUACAAUUUCCAUUGUAAUGUAAUACAGGGACUGUCUGGACAAUUUAAACUCAAACAUAGCCAUGUUCACUGGUUAUAACCUUUGUUCUGUGAAUUUAUGAUCAAGACAUUGCUAUGUACAGUAGCCUACAGAACGAAGACAGAAGAAAGAUGAUUUUAUAACAGACAAUAGCAAUCUGUUCCAGUCUAUUCCUUGACAUAAAUGUACACAAAUGAACAAACUAUUUCAAGUCAUCUCUUUAUGGUGAAACCACUUAUGUAGUUGACUAUGACUAUGUGCAGCCAAUCACUGUCUGUUAAUCAUGCGGACUGUACAGAACAAAUGUAAUAUUUUGUCUGUUUGACUAACGCUUGUGACGUAGGCAUGAGCUGUUUGAUUAACCGCAAUUUGUUUUAUCCUUCUGAAAUUGUAGAACUAUUUCAAGCAAGUAUUUACUGACAAAACACACCAUUUACGAUGAUUUCUGUGUUAGUAUGGAGGAAUGAAAAAUGGUCUCUUUUGUAUAGUAGUGGUGCUGAAAAUGGUGACUCAACAUUUUGUGAUUAACAUACCAAAUUUGGCACAGAUGUAGAUGUACAGUGCCUUCGAAAGGUAUUCAGACCCCUUGACUUUUUUCCACUUUUGUUACGUUACAGCCUCACUCUGAAACAGAUGAUAUAAAACAAAAUCCUCAGCAUUCUACACACAAUACCCCAUAAUGACAAAGCGAAAACAGGUUUUUAGACAUUUCUGCAAAC